AUGGACGAGGAUCGCGCAAAAGACGACGACGAUUCAGAAGGAAACUUCGACGACGUGAACGAGGACAAAAACGACGGCGAUCGAUUCUUCUGCAAAAAUCCAACCGAACGAUGGGCGGACGUCGACCCGCUCUGCGCUCGAGCCGGCUCGGGAAUCUUCACCGAUGUUGAUGACUUUGACGGAGAGGGAGAUGGUUUUUCCCCGGACCCGUCGUUACUCUCCUUGGUCCGGGAGAACAUAAAAGUCCUCGUCGUCGGCGCCGGAGGUUUGGGGUGCGAACUGCUGAAAGAUUUAACCUUGUCCGGGUUUAAACACAUCGACGUGAUCGAUAUGGACACCAUCGACGUGAGCAACUUAAAUCGACAGUUUUUGUUCACCGAGGAGGACGUGGGUGAGCCAAAGGCGACGAGAGCGGCGCGAGCGGUGAAUCGGAGAGUACGAGGCGCGAAAGUUACGGGGCAUUAUAAAAGAAUAGAAGAUAUGGAGGAUAAUUGGUACAGGCAGUUUCACGUGGUCGUGAUGGGUUUAGAUUCGAUCGAAGCGAGGAGGUACAUAAACAAAGUGUACUGCUCGUUUUUAGAGUUUGAGAGAGAGUCCGGCGAGGCGAGGGAAGGGACGUGGACGCCUUUGAUUGAUGGAGGGACGGAAGGGUUUAAAGGGCACGCGAGGGUGAUUAUUCCCGGGAAGACGCCGUGUUUUGAGUGCACGACUUGGUUGUUUCCUCCGCAGACGACGUUUCCUUUGUGUACGAUUGCGGAGACGCCGAGGAGCGCGGCACACUGCAUAGAACACGCGAAGAUUGUGCAGUUUCCGGAGGAGUAUACGGACGAAAAAGAAGGAGGAGUAAAAGGCGGCAGCGGAGGAGGAGUAACGUUCGAUGGCGAUAAUCCAGAUCACGUGACGUGGGUGUACAAGCGCGCGUUGAAACGCGCGGAAUCGUUUGGGAUUCCCGGCGUGACGUACAAUCACACGUUGGGCGUGGUGAAAAAUAUCGUUCCCGCGAUUCCGAGCACGAACGCCAUCGUUUCCGCGUACUGCGCGUUCGAGGCGUUUAAAAUCGCCACCGGGUGUUUGAAAUCCAUGGACAAUUACGUCAUGUACGCUGGAUCGGACAAAGUGUACCAAAACUUGAUGAAAUUGUACAAAGACGAGGGAUGUUCGCAGUGCGGUCGAGGUUUGUUCGUUCAGCACGUGUUUGAUUUAGAAGAGGCAACUUUAGCGGACGUCUUGGACGCGAUUGAAAGCGAACACGAAAAUACGUUCGGGAAAAGAGAGAAGGAAAAAGAGGAGGACAACGUGAAGAAGAAGGACAAUAAAGAAGGAGAUAAAAAAGAAAAAGACGACAUGAUGGACACCGCCAAAGGCAUCACCGGCGUCUCUAGCGACGGCGCGACGGUUUGGAUGGGCGGCGUUUUAGCGUCGCAAUACGAAGAAAAUCUCUCAAAACUUGCCUCGGACGCGUUUUCGGUGACGAUUGUAGCCAACGACGACGAAGAGGAAAAGGACGACGACGAGAGUACUCGUAAUAAGAAGACCGUCGUCGAGAAAACAAUCCACGUCAACUCCGCAAAGUUACCCUCGCCUCUGCGCGUCGGUUUAGUUUUUGAGGCGAAAAGUAGAACGCGUCGUAAAACAAGCAAAGAGGGAAAGGAAAGAGAGAGAGAGAGAGAGGAGGUGAGGACAGAUACAGCAACAGAGAGAGAGAGACAUCGCGUUUAA